UCAACUCUCUCUGUCUCUCAUAUACGCAAGCAAAAUAAAGCCGCGACUUUAGUAUUUGUUUAAGAGCAUCGGCAUCCACCCACUGAGAUCGCAUCUUCUUUCUGAAAUUAUUUAUUUAUUCUUUGGAAUUAAUAAUUAUAUAUACUCUGUCUCUUCCACGCUUCUCUCCUCACCAAUCCAGACGGAGCUUUCUCAUUCGCCGCCACUCCAUCUCUCGCGGAUCGCCCUUCGCUGGAAUUCUCAAUCGAUGGCUUUGAAGUCUCCCAAGCUUUGCAGACGAGACCCGUUGAGCGGAUUUAGGGCUAGGGUUUGCUGUACUAUGGCGGGGGAGAGAGCAUUGGCCGGGAAACCGCCGAUGUUUAGAGCUGCCGUUACUCCGGAGUUGCAGGAGGUCUUGGAUGCUCCCAUGGACGAAGCCCCCGCUAGGCGUCGAGCUCGCGAGGCUUUCAAAGAAGUUCAGCUCUCAAUCGAUCAUUACCUGUUCAAGUUGGCAUGUGAUGGGGUGAAGAUGAGAGAGUCAUAUGAAGUGAACUGUAGAGGCGUGGAAAUUUUUUCAAAAAGUUGGCUUCCAGAAACCACUACCCUGAAAGCUGUGGUUUGUUUUUGUCAUGGUUAUGGAGACACUUGCACAUUCUUUUUUGAAGGAAUUGCAAGGAAGUUAGCAUUGUCAGGAUAUGGAGUUUUUGCUAUGGACUAUCCGGGAUUUGGUCUUUCAGAAGGUCUUCAUGGAUAUAUUCCAAGCUUUGACAUACUGGUUGAUGAUGUCAUCGAGCAUUACUCAAAAAUCCAAGAAAUACCCGAAUUCUCUGGUUUACCAAGAUUUCUGUUUGGACAGUCCAUGGGUGGAGCAGUAAUCCUGAAGGUCCAUUUGAAACAACCAAAUGCAUGGAAUGGAGCCAUUCUUGUUGCACCUAUGUGCAAGAUUGCAGAUGACAUGGUUCCACCUCAGUUGGUAACAAAAAUUCUUAUUGGUGUAGCUAAAGUCCUUCCAAAGCACAAGUUAGUUCCUCAAAAAGAUUUAGCUGAGUUGGCAUUUAGAGAACUGAAAAAGAGAGAAAUGGCGGCCUUCAAUGUCAUAGCUUACAAGCAUAAACCACGUUUGCGGACUGCUGUGCAGCUUCUAAGAACCACUCAAGCGAUAGAACAUCAGUUGGAAGAAGUGUCUCUGCCGCUACUAAUUCUGCACGGAGAAGCGGACACGGUGACAGAUCCAUCAGUGAGCAAGGCUUUGUACGAGAAGGCGAGAAGUUCAGAUAAGGAAUACAAGCUCUAUAAAGAUUCUUAUCAUUGCCUUCUUGAAGGCGAACCAGAUGAUGUGAUUGCUCGAGUCUUUGAGGAUAUUAUUUUCUGGCUUGAUCAACGCUCCACAAACCUUGCACCCACCCACCCAUGA